AUGGCGGACCCCGACCAGGCCAUCGCCGAGGUCUACCGCAAGAUCGAGCGAGAAAAGGCUCUUAUCAAUGCCGCCACUCACAUGCGACAGUCCACCAACAAUGCCGCGGUCCAGGCACGUGUCGACAGCAACAUCCGGGACAGCAGGCGAAACAUUUCAUACUUGGAAGAAAAACUGGCAGAGUUACAGCUGAGACAGCGGGGCCAGAAUGAGGGUGCCGCUCCCACUCCGCCUGCCCAUGGGGGGUCCGGUUAUCAGACUCCAGAUCCCCGGAUGCAGCAAUCACGAUUCCAGCACGGCGGCGGACCGACUCCUCCUCCCAAAGACGAGAGGGGCUAUUUUCCCAACGAGAGAGGUGACUAUGGUGAUCCCGGGCCAGGGGGAUAUAGCCAGGGCGGCACCGGCAUGAUGCCUCCACGCGCUCCCUACGGAGACCCUCGUCCUUACAGCGCGCCGGUCCCCAAAGCUCGCCCGAAUUUCUCGAAACUAGACCUGAUCAAAUAUGAUACCCCAUAUCUCGGACCCAAAAUCCAACUCAUGCUCUCCCAACUCGAGUUCAAACUGUCCGUCGAAAAGCAGUACAAAGCAGGCAUCGAAAAGAUGGUGCGCUUGUACCAAGACGAGGGUGACAGAAAAAGCAGACUGGAUGCCGAGGGCCGGCGCAUCGAAAGCAAUCAGAAAGUCCAGUUGUUGAAGCAGGCCCUGAAAAGAUACAUGGAUCUGCACGUCGACAUUGAAACGUCAGAUGCUGCUGACGAUGACAGUCUCAACGCCCCUAAUAUGCGAAAACCCCUUACCGGUCACCUGGAAAUGCGCAUUCAUGCCAUUAAGGAUGUCGAUCACGCAGCCUCGUCACGCUUUUCACGAGGCCCCGAAACCUUCGUCAUUAUGAAGGUGGAGGACAACAUCCGAGCCAAGACCCGGGCAACACGGACGGAUAAAUGGACAGAGGAGACUCAUCACGUCGACAUCGACAAAGCCAACGAGAUCGAGCUGACGGUCUAUGACAAAGCAGGCGAUCGACCAACCCCAAUCGGGUUUCUAUGGAUCCGCAUUUCGGAUAUUGCGGAAGAAAUGCGCCGGAAAAAGAUUGAAUCGGAAUUUCAGCAGAAUGGCUGGGUAUCAGCAGAUAAGAUGGCGAAUGGCAGCAGUCCGGGUAAACCAGGUCCUGAUUUUCAACCCGCACCUUUCAUGCCACCGGGAGAUGCUGCGGGUGCCGGCUCCGCGGCCGGUUUCGCUCAAAAUCCUCAGCAACAUGUCCAACCUGUGAUGAUCGAUUCAUGGUUUUCUUUGGAACCGGCGGGCAGGAUCCAUCUCACAAUGAGCUUCCAGAAGCAGACGGGCGGAAAACGGCCAUUCGACAUUGGCCUCAAUCGUCAAGGCGCCGUGCGCCAGAAGAAGGAAGAGGUGCACGAGAAGCAAGGUCACAAGUUCGUCAAGCAACAGUUUUAUAACGUCAUGCGCUGUGCUCUCUGUGGAGAUUUUCUCAAGUAUUCGGCUGGCAUGCAGUGCGCGGAUUGCAAAUACACCUGUCACACCAAGUGUUAUCCAAAAGUGGUGACCAAAUGCAUCAGCAAGGCGAACUACGAAACGGACCCCGACGAAGAGAAAAUUAACCACCGCAUCCCACAUCGUUUCGACAAUUUCUCGAACAUCGGGGCCAAUUGGUGUUGUCACUGCGGUUAUCUGCUGCCGUUGGGAAGACGCAAUGCGAAAAAGUGCUCGGAGUGUAGUCUGACCUGUCAUGCCCAAUGUCAGCAUUUGGUUCCGGACUUUUGCGGCAUGUCCAUGAUCGUCGCCAAUGAAAUCUUGGAGACGAUUCAAAGAACGAAGCACCACAAUAAAUCCUCCUCUGUGAGCUCUGGAAUGAGCAAUCGGACGCUGAGGCCCAAUUCCGCAGCCAGACCUGGUCCCACGUCUCCUACGCAAAGCUUUGUCUCGGAUAACACUACCCUAACACCACAGAUAUCGAACCAAUCGUAUGAUCAACACCCAGAACAACCGAAGCCCUCUGCUGCCGCCAUGAGUGCUGCGCAGAAUAUGAUGUACAACCAACCUCAGGCGAGCCAGUCACAACCACCACCACAACAGCAACAGCAAAGACCAUUGCAACAAAAAGCUGUGUCCACCGCAGCAGUGCAGGCAGCCGCAGCCGCCGCGACUCGACCGCCAUCUCAACAAUACAACCAAACGUUCAAUGAUUAUAGCCCUCAAAAAAUGCCGGCUGAUCGUUACGCAAACGCUCGGCCUCCAGCCCCGGAACAGCCACAUGCUUCGUAUGACCCUCGCGCGUAUCAAGGAUAUGACCGCCAACCAGUACAACAACAAAUACCUCAACAUCAACCACCACAACAAGCUAUGAUCCAAUCGCAAAGACCUCAACCUCAAGCUGCUGCAGCAGCAAGCUAUUCUCCAGCCCCUAUCAAACCAGCGCCAUCGUCACAACAACAGGUAGCCACGCCUCCAUCUGGGCGCGGGUCAGGACCGAGAAUUGGUCUCGAUCACUUUAAUUUCCUCGCUGUACUAGGAAAAGGCAAUUUCGGCAAGGUCAUGCUUGCAGAGGCUAAGAGCUCAAAGAAGCUGUACGCCAUCAAGGUCUUGAAAAAGGAGUUUAUUAUCGAGAACGACGAAGUGGAGUCUACCAAAUCCGAAAAGCGCGUUUUCUUGAUCGCCAACAAAGAGAGACACCCUUUCUUGCUCAACUUGCACGCUUGCUUCCAAACAGAGACUCGAGUGUAUUUCGUGAUGGAGUACAUUUCGGGCGGCGAUCUGAUGUUGCACAUCCAGCGUGGACAGUUUGGCCUUAAGCGUGCUCAAUUCUAUGCUGCGGAAGUUUGUUUGGCUCUGAAGUAUUUCCAUGAAAAUGGUGUGAUUUACCGAGACUUGAAGUUGGACAACAUCCUGCUCACCCUGGACGGGCACAUCAAGAUAGCUGAUUAUGGUCUUUGCAAGGAGGACAUGUGGUUUGGAUCGACGACUUCCACCUUCUGCGGCACGCCAGAAUUCAUGGCUCCCGAGAUUCUUUUGGACAAGAAAUACGGUCGUGCGGUCGAUUGGUGGGCCUUUGGUGUCCUCAUCUACCAGAUGUUGCUCCAGCAAUCUCCGUUCCGUGGCGAAGAUGAGGACGAAAUCUACGACGCUAUUCUUGCGGACGAGCCGCUGUACCCAAUCCACAUGCCACGUGACAGUGUUUCGAUUCUGCAGAAACUGUUGACCAGGGAACCAGAAUUGCGACUGGGCAGUGGGCCGGGAGAUGCGCAGGAAAUCAUGAGCCACGCGUUCUUCAAGGGCAUCAACUGGGACGACAUCUAUCAUAAGCGGAUCCCCACGCCGUUCAAGCCGACCAUCAAGAAUGAAAAGGAUACCAGCAAUUUCGAUCAGGAGUUUACUAGUGUGACGCCCGUGCUGACACCAGUGCAGAGUGUGCUUUCGCCCGCCCAUCAAGAGGAGUUCCGUGGUUUCUCGUAUACGGCCGAUUUCAUUUAG